GAUACUGCACAUAAACUCCCUCUCUGCACUGCUGGUUGCUGCUGCUGCUGCUUGUGAUGUUUGCAGGCAGAACGCCAGUGGGAGGCAGGGAAAGCAGGAGCCAUCAGUUAGUAAGUGACACCAACACCAGUACGUCACUACUCACUAUGUGACCUAGAAAUAGGGAAAUUGCACAGACCUAUUGGGACUGCCUUGCCCUCGGUCACUGGGGAGGAGUUUGGGACAGAGAGCAACACUGAAGCAACUUCUUAAUCGCAAAGUCCACACAACUCAGCAAUUAGCUCAGCUCUGGCACAAGCCUGAGCAGGGCAGCUAGCAAGCAACAUAGCUCUUAGGCGACACUACUAUCGGGAAGAUCAAAUUGCAGGCAGCAGAGCUCCCAGGCACUAGCUCAGAUCCCAGGCAGGAGAAGUAGGAGGCAACAGAACUCUCAGGCACUAGACCAGCUCUCAGGAAGGAGAAGUACGAGCCAACAGAGCUCUCAGGCACUAGACCAGCUCUCAGGCAGGAGAACUAGCAGGCAACAGAGCUCUUAGGAGACACUACUGUCAGGCAGGUCACAUUGCAGGCAGAGCUCCCAGGCACUAGCUCAGCUCCCAGGCAGGAGAACUAGGAGGCAACAGAGCGUUCAGACACUAGACCAGCUCUCAGGCAGGAGAACUAGGAGGCAACAGAGCUCUCAGGCACUAGACCAGAUCUCAGGCAGGACAACUAGGAAGCAACAGAGCUCUCGACAUAGUGUACCUCAGCUGCAGUAGGAUGGACAGGGUUCUGAUUUGAGGCCCCCACAAAGAAGCCAACAAUGGUGAACAGAGAAAGAAAUACACGACUGCUGGAGACAUUAAAGCUGCCUGAGAAUUCUGUGUGUGCAGAUUGUGGACUGCCAGAACCUGACUGGGCCUCGUGUAAAGUGGGAGUAUUUAUCUGCUUGCAAUGCUCGGGAGUGCACCGCAAUUUUACAGAGAGCGGCAAAGUCAAGUCGAUACGGUUGGAUAACUGGGAAGACGAGCGUCUGGUGCAGUUCAUGAUUGGGAAUGGAAACCUGAAAGCAAAAAAGAAAUAUGAAGCUUUUGUUCCUCCCUUCUACUAUCGGCCCCACGCCAGAGACUGCGAUGUACUAAAGGAGCAGUGGAUUCGGGCUAAAUACCAACGGGAGGAAUUUAUGUCCAAUAAAGCAACUAUACACACUACAGCACACCGGGAAGGUUUCCUGUACAAAAGGGGAAGAGACAGCAAAGGAUUCCAGGAGAGAAAAUUUGUCUUAUCAAGAAGUGAGGGGGUGUUAAAAUAUUACACUAAGGACAAUGGUAAAGGUCCAAAGGGGAUAAUCCCAAUCCAGAGUCUGAAUGUCACGUUCCAAGGAGAGAAGAUCAGACACCAGCAUGGCCUGGAGAUCACCUACAUGAAGGACAGCCAGACCCGGAAUAUCUUUGUGUAUCAUGAUAGUGGAGAGGAAAUAGUGGCCUGGUACAAUGCUCUACGUGCAGCUCGGUUCCAUUACCUGAAGACAACCUACCCACAAGCCUCGGAAGCAGAGCUGAUACCAAAGAUCACCAGGAAUUACAGUAAAGUUGGAUACAUGGAGAAAACUGGUCCCAAGCAAAAAGAAGCCUUUAAGAAGAGGUGGUUCAACCUAGAUUCAGGGGGAAGGAAACUUCUUUAUUAUAAGAAUCCUCUGGAUGCCUUUGAGACGGGUGGAAUCUUUAUUGGAAGUAAGGAGAGAGGAUACACAGUCAAAGAGGGUUUACCACAAGGGAUGAAGGGAAACAAUUGGGAUUGUGGGAUUAUCAUCGGGACCCCAGCAAGAGAGUUUGUCUUGACUUGUGAAAAUGUGAAAGAGCAGAGGGAGUGGCUAGACGUACUUAGAGAUGUUCUAUCUCAGCCAAUGACAAAAGAGGAUAUUAUGGCCCCUUACAGUCUUAUGUGGGGGUGAUAAGACUUGCACCAUUUUUUCAGAAUGAGCUGUUCAUUAAAUUCUACAGAAGAGGCCAAUUUCAGACGAAAGCACCCCAAAUAACAUCCAGAUGCUGUGAGAGGAAGAGGACAAGGAAGCACCCAGAAAUCUAAUACAACACUGAAUGGACUUGAUUUAGCUACUUCUUUGCUACAAGACUGUAUUUCUAUGUGUUAGGACUUGGACCUGCCCCCUAACACAUAGACUUGGGGGGAAGACUGUAUUAGAUCAAGGGGGAUGUCCUUGCCUUAUUGGGCUGAACCCCCUUGGUUUCACACAUAAUGGAUCUGUUACUCAAGGACCACACCCCUCGUGGGCUCAAGAUGGAAAGUCCUGGUACUGCCAAAUCAUGUGACAUUAGUGAUAUCAGACACAUUUUAUUUCUAAAUGAGAUAUUUUUGUACAAAAAAUAUUCAACAUAAAAUGUAUUUCUGUA